UCACUGCAAGUCUCCUCACAGCACCUCAGGCCUCGCCUCACUGCAAGUCUCCUCACAGCACCUCAGGCCUCGCCUCACUCCACUGCAAGUCUCCUCACAGCACCAGACCUUUCCUCACGCCACCAUAGGUCUCUCCUGACGUCACCUCUGGCCUCCCUUCACGCCACAGGUGUCUCCUAACACCACUUUGGGCCUCUCCUCACGGCGCCUCCAGUCUCUCCUCACACCAUCUUUGGCUUCUUCUUACACCACCUUGGGCCUCUCCUCACGGUGCCACACUACCUUGGACUUCUUACACCACCUCGGCUGCCAUGGCAAGUUCCAAACCUGCAAGACUGAAGGUGAUUCUAGGAGCAGGCAACAUUGAAAAACUGACUCUUCCAAAUGGCAUACCAGACUCUUUGGAUGAGCUUCUCCACAAGGUGAAGGAAACCUUUGGUUUAAAGACCAACAUCCGACUUCAAUACAUGGACAAAGACUUUGGUAAUGACUUCUUCAAUCUUAGUUCAACUUCAGACCUUGAGGAUUUAGGAACAGUCAAGGUGAUUCAACAAGAAGCCUUUCAACAUUUAUUUGAUGUCACUGAGGCAGCGUCAUCUUCUACACUUCACUCUGACAGCAGUUCUUUGACCUCAGAUGACACUAUAAUCCUCUCCUCCCCUGAAUCCUUGUCAUCACGAACACAACAGUGGCCAUCCGACUUCCAAAUUCCAGUAUUUUCGUAUGACACAGAGCGUCAGCUAGAGAAGGGGAAUUCGGAGUAUCAAGCAAACAACAGAAUGUUGACUGUCACCUCCCGAAUGAAGACUGACAUCUUAAAUAGAUUAGCAGAAGAGAUCUACAAAUACAAAGCCUACCCAGAGGAUGCACAUUUCUGUGUAGUUGCAGAGGCCUUAAUUAAAAAGUACCCGUGUUUGAAAGAGCCUGGUUCAUUUAACGGUUGCUAUGGUUGGAAACAAAGACUGAAGUACAAAAUGGGAAACUACAGGACUCUACUCAAAUCCCAGGGAUGUCCAGAGUUGUCUGUAAACUCGUUAAAAUCCAAAGCUAGUACUUCUCUUUUUCCUGCUGCAAAAAUAAAGAAGGCAAGGCGAGCUGAAGCCAACUUUUAUCCGUCCUUUCCUUUGGGAGAAACACCAGAAACCAUGGAAAACGAGAGACUUGAACUUUUGACAGCAAUCAGAAAGAGGAACAAUGGCGGGGUCAUUGCAGACAAAAUGGCUCGUACAUUUGCCUACAGGCGUCAGGAGGUGGUGAAUGAAGAACCUGGCAUAGAGGAUUUCAAGGAGAGAUGGCCUGCACUUUUCCAACCGAAGGAGAUUAAUGCAGAAUUCCAGAGGCUUGUGGCUCUUCCCCUUGAGCAGACUUUCAUGGCACAGUUGGACGGAUAUUCAAGUCGGCUGAUAAAAGUUAUCAAGGCCAAAGGAGGAACAACACGUGCCAAAAUGGCUGACAUCAUAAAAACCUAUGAUGAGGUCGAAGACAUUGCUAUUCGGAGGGAAUGUUUACUGAAAGGCCUCAUCACCUUUCUUGGAGAGGGUACAGAAGACCUUAUUAAGGAAUACUGUGACAGCAGUGGCGAUGAUGUUCAGCUGGAACUCAACCAGCUCACCAUGGCAGUGUUCGUUAUUCGGAAGGAGGGCGAGGGAUUGGAAGAACCUCCAGCAGACGUUGGCAUCAUCAUCGAGGGAGUGGAGGUGUUGCAUAACCUAGCUUCAGUUGCCUCAGCAUGUGCCUUGCUUUUGGGUUUGAUAUAUGCUCUUAACCUGGCUUAUCCAAAGCCUCUGCGCUUCACAUUUGAAGUUUUCCAAAAGAUCUUCAUGCAACUUGAGCAGCACAAGAUGUCUCCCAAAGUUCAGAAUUUGUUUGGAAGACUUCAGAGCUCAGAGUAAAGACAGACAUUGUGCCACAGGGUGGAGUAUUAUUAUUAUUUUUUAUUUUUGAUUGAACAGAAGAUUUCCAUGUUUUGGGACAUUUGCAACUGGAUUUUUUGAACUUCUUUUGGACAUUUGCAUAUAAAAGCCAUGCACAAAGUUAAUGAAUGACAAGUUUCACUGUUAUUUCAGGAGGGUUUUACUAAUGAUGUUUGGAUAUGUCUUCAUUUUGAGAGUGAUCUUUUGUUAUUGUGUUUUUUCCUUAAAUUAGAUGGUUUAUUUCUUUGCAUUAGGAUCUGCUGAUAAUUUAUGUUGGGGGGGAUGCAGAUUGUGUCGGGGUAAAAAUCACUUUGGAAGACAUUGUAGGAAGCUGAAGUUGUUUAUAUGUAAACACAUUGGAUCACCAGAUCACUGUUACUCAUUCCAUGUUUUAAAAGGAAGCUUAUCUGAAAGUAUUUAGUGUUGGAUCACCAGAUUGAUGACUCGUUUCAUGUUUUAAAAGGAAGAUUAUAUUAAAGUAUUUAGUGUUGGAUCACCAGAUUGAUGAC